AUGUCUCGUCGUACUAAUGGUUCAACCGACCCACAUGAUGAGGGUUUCGGUGAUGUUGUUCGUGAUUUGAAUGUUGUUGCUCAAGCGACGCAACAACAAGUGAAUCUUAAUCAGAACGCACCUCCUCCUCCUCCACCACCUAAUCAACGGGCUUUGUUAGUUAGAAGGUUUAUUGAACAAAAGCCUGAUUCCUUCGAGGGUAGUUCUGAUCCACUAGUUGCUGAAGAUUGGAUAGAUAAGAUUGAGAAAAUAUUUACCCUAUUAGGCGUGAAUGACGAGGAUAAGCUGGAUCUUGUUGUUUAUAAGCUUGAGGGUGAGGCCACUCGCUGGUGGGACUUGACUCGUCGUUCGAGGAAUGACGGUCUGUUUACGUGGAUGGAAUUUCGACUCUCUUUCCUAAAUAAGUACUUUCCACAAACUGCGCGAAACCAACGCAUGAUCGAGUUUAUGCUUUUGACCCAGAGAAAUAUGACAGUGGCGCAAUAUCAAGCCAAGUUUGAAGAACUUUCUCGUUUUGCUCCCCACCUGGUUGAGAAUGAAGAGCUGAAGGCUUUUAAGUUUCAGGAGGGACUUAAGCCUUCAAUUAAGAGUAGGUUGUCUGUUUUGAAGAUUACAUCUUAUAUUGAGAUAGUGGAGAGAGCGAUGAUCGCGGAGAGAGAUCUCGAGGAAGCAGCGAGAAUCCGUGAGCGUCAUGCUGGCGAUAGGAAUGGGAACGGUAAGAAUAAAAACCACCCGUAUGAAAGGAAAGAGAACGGAGAAGAUGCACAAAGAAAUCUCCAACAUGUCGUGUGUUUUGAGUGCAAGCAACCCGGUCACUAUAAGAGGAAUUUCCCCCAACUUGGUGCUCAGCGGGAUCAACCUUCUGGGCGCAACGUCAGAAUCGAGGUAACCUCUAAAUUUCGUGACGAAAUUUCUUAA